AUGCACACUAGCCUAGCUUACGUCUUCGACACGGGUAUGGGGAACCUCCCACUGGCAAUGGCGGACAUAGCUAAUGGGCAUGGACAAAAGCCGGUGUUUAGCAAAGGCAUCAGUCGGUUCGAUGUGCGGCAGGGAAAUCUGGGUGAUUGCUGGUUUGUGGCUGCAGUAGCGUGUCUGUGCAGUCGUCAAAAGUACAGGCCGCUGUUUGAGAGGGUGGUGGAUCCUGAUCAGAGCUUUCAGGAUGACUGGUACUCUGGGAUUUUCCGCUUCAACUUCUGGCGUUUUGGCCAGUGGAAACAAAUCAUUAUAGAUGAUCUCCUGCCUACUGUAAGAGGAAACCUGAUCUAUGCCAAUUCUCCGCAGAGUAAUGAGUUCUGGCCUGCUCUUCUGGAAAAAGCCUAUGCUAAGGUACAUGGAUCUUAUGAAGCUAUCGAAGGAGGUUUACUUUUGGACUCGCUGACAGAUCUGACUGGAGGCCUCACGGAAUCCUACAUGCUGCAUGGUCCUGAAGCUGAUGUCCCCGACGAUAUUGUCAACCUCAUACUCAAAGCAAUAGAGAGGCAGUCUAUAAUUGGCUGUAAUAUAAUGAAUUCAGGAAGGGGGAUCGAAGCACUCCGCGCCAAUGGGCUGUUGGAGGGACAUGCCUACAGUCUGACAAGCCUCAGGAAGGUUAAGCAUAGACAGAAUCAAGUGACUUUGGUUAAGGUUCGAAAUCCUCACGGAGAUCACAAAGAAUGGAACGGCAGAUGGAAUGAACGGUCACAAGAGUGGCUGCAGAUCUCUCCCAGUGAAAGAGAACAACUUGUGGUCAGUAGACCAGAUGGAGAAUUUUGGAUGGACUUUGAGGACUUUAAAGAGCAAUUUGACCAUGUCGUUAUUUGUAACUUGUCACCGGACUCCCCCGUAGAUUUUGAGAGGAAAUGGUUCUCUGUGGAGCAUCAUGGACGAUGGACAAGGCAUUUCAACGCUGGAGGGAAUCCUUCUUCUCCAACACACUGGUCCAACCCACAAUAUAUCUUGAAGCUUGAUGACGCGGAUGAUGACUACAACAAUGUGUGCAGUCUUGUUAUUCAACUUAUGCAGGUGGAUCGAAGGAAAAUCAAACGGAAGGGUAUAAAUUCAAGAUUACUGUAUAUCGGCUUCAAUGUGUACAAGUACGAAAGAGGUUACUCUGUUCCAUUGGGGAGAGAUUUCUUUCAAACUCAUUGGUCCGUCGCAACCUCUGGGCACAACCAGUAUAGACAGUGCACCAAGCGCCUUACAUUGGUGCCAGGAGAAUAUGUUGUUGUGCCGAGUACUUGGGCUGCAGAAGAAGAGGGAGACUUUUUUCUGAGGUUGUUUUUUGAGAAAGGAAAUGUUGCGGAGUAUUUAGAUCAGACAUCAGAGGUCCCAAAGAUCCUUGUACCAACUCCUGUUCCAGAGUGGAAAGAGCAAGAGGAAACCUUCAAGAAAGUUUUUCAAAAAAUUUCUGGACGUAACAUGGAAGUGAAUCCUUUUGAGUUGAUGGAGGCCUUAAAGGAAGAACUGAGAAACGGAAACAUUCUACAAGUUUGACAUCGAUCGGUCAGGGUCUUUAGAUUCCAGAGAACUGAGAUCGGCAUUGAAUGAUGCUGUGAACUAA